AAUGAAACUUAACAACUGGUAAACACAGUUCAGCUAGUCCAAAGACAGACAGCAGAGCAGAUCUUGCAAAAAGAUAUGGCCACGGCCUGCAAAUUCCUUACUGAGGAUCAGUUCCAGUGCUCCAUCUGUCUGGAUGUUUUUGCAGAGCCUAUCACUAUUCCAUGUGGACACAACUUCUGCAAGGCCUGUCUCACCAGGCAUUGGGAGGGCAAAGAGCUGUGUAAGUGUCCACUGUGCAACGAGAAGUACACCAAAGGUCUCAAACUUCGUGUCAACACUGGAUUCAGGGAGGUCGUGGAACAUUUCAAGGAACUUCAAGCAAAAGCUGACCGUGAUUGCCCUGUGAAGCCAGGAGAGGUGCCAUGUGACUGCUGCCCUGAUGACAAUCAGUCCAAAGCCUCUAAAACCUGUUUGGUGUGCUUGACAUCUUUUUGCGAGACACACCUAGAGCCUCAUUUUAGAGUUGCAGCUUUAAAGAGGCACAAACUGACUAAUCCUGUGCAUAACUUGGAGGACCAAAUAUGCAAAAUACACAACAGGAUGCUUGAGCGCUUCUGCAGGAAUGACCAGACAUGUAUCUGUGUCCUCUGUACAGAACACAGCGCUCACGAUACAGUCCGUUUAGAGGAAGCAUAUGUAGACAAGAGGGCUCAGAUACGGAGGAAGAAGAAGGUGGAAGUGCAGGAAAAGAAGCACAAGCGUGGAAAGAGAGCUCAGAACAACAAGAACAACCAGAGUAAAGGCAAAGCUAAGGCUAUGACAAACACUGCAGUGAUACAUAACGUGCAAGAUCCUCAGAUGUGGUGGAUUCAAGACCACCAAGUAAACAGUUUUGGCAGAGUUUUUCUGAACAGGGUCCUUCCAGAAUGGAGAUGCUACCAUGAGGUUCAGGCUGAAUGGAGCUCCAGCGUGGAUCCAGCGGUGGAGGGAGAGUCGAUGCAAGGGAUAAAGGUAUUCAUACCUAACCCAAAGGAUGGAAACUGGGUCAUAAGGGCGGGAUAUCCGACCAACUAUAAUACUCUACAGGGAGUACCAGUCCACGUCUUCUGGAUGACAAUACAUAGGAAAGUUAUUGUGUAUGUAGACUAUGACCAAGGAUUGGUGACCUUCUGUCCAGCAGACCCUAUGAUGUUGGAACCUCUCACUUUUUCCAACUGCAAUUUCCAUGAGAGGAUUUAUCUAUUCUGCAGUCAUACAUCAAGUGAGAACUGGGUACAGAGGCUGCAACAGCAGGUUGAGAGGAUUAACGAAUGGUCACAAAAUCCACAUAACAAGAAUUUCCUUUGUAUUUUCUUUUUCUUUGCAGCUGUUUUGAUUUUUUGUAUGUUACCAAAUCAUGACAUUGGAUAAAGAUAAAAUGUUUCUGCUAGAAUGUUAUGAAGGGUUACAACCAGCAUCUCCCUCCAGUCACAAACUCAUCUUUCACAUAUUCAAAGGUAAAAAAAGGUUUGUAUUCAGUGAUUUUGUAAAUGACAAUGAAGUUUUAAUAAAAUAUUUGUAAUGCUUGUUUUGUCA